GCGCAAGAUGCCCACAAGGCACCGCACCGGCAGCAGCAGAGGAGGGAGGGUGAGUGAGAGUGAGUGACACUGCACGGCGCUGCCCUCUGGUCUCGUUCGGUGGGCGACCGGGAGGCACGCAGCCACCCAGCUUGAUCUUUUUCCUCGAUCGACCCUCCUAGCGGCCGGCCAGCGAGCAAUGCCGCGCCGCCCGAGGGCCUCCCGCGGCGGCAGCGGCGGCGAGGAGGUGAAGAUGGAGGACUUCGUGGAGUCGAUGCUGAACCUGGGCGGCGGCGGCGAGGGCGAGGAGAGCGAGGAGGGGGAGCAGCUGCCGGCGGCGGACGCCACGCAGUACAAGUCCAAGAACCUGGACGCCGAGCGCCGGAGGAGGGGCAGGCUCAACACCAACAUCCUCAAGCUCAGGGCCGUCGUGCCCAACAUCACAAAGAUGAGCAAGGAGUCCACCCUGGCCGACGCCAUCGGUCACAUCAAGAAGCUCCAGAACCAGGUCCUCGAGCUGCAGAGCCAGCUCGCCGACUCGCCCGGCGAGGCCUGGGAGAAGCAAGGCAGCGCCUCCUGCUCCGAAUCCCUCGCCCCCACCGACAACAUCCAUUAUCAGGGUCAGGUGGAGCUGAUACCUCUGGGGUCUUGUAAGUACAACCUCAAGAUCUUCUGGACCAAAAGGGCAGGCCUCUUCACCAAGGUGCUGGAGGCACUCUGCAACUACAAUGUGCAGGUGCUUAGCCUCAACACCAUCACCUACUAUGGCUAUGCAGAGAGUUUCUUCUGCAUUGAGGUUAAGGGUGAGCAGGAUGUUGUGAUGGUGGAGCUAAGGGACCUCCUGUCCAGUAUUGUGGAGGUUCCAAGCAUUUGACCAUUCGAGGCCCUUGCAAACAAUAACUCACAGAAUUCAAAUGAAAGAAACCAUAUAUGAUUCUGUGGAAAUGCAUCCUCUUUUUAGAAAGAAAAAAAGAAGUCUAGCGUGGUGUGGUCUGUGUAGGGAGAGCAUACAGAGAUACAAUGUUGAACUGACAAAACUGACGGGAAGAAGUCUGAAUUUUGUGUUGAACAUGGGAAUCAUUUCAUAAUUCACCUUUGUAUUUUCUACUAAUGGUGUGGGUGGUAAUAAAUCAUGCAUACAGCAGUCCAACUCAAACUUUAACGGA